UGGAGGAAAUACAACGACACAAACCAAAUCUUCAAAGUACACUGCCAUGAGUAAUUCGGAAAAUUUUUACCAUCAAGAAAAUUUCACAUCAGAGCUCAGUGCGCAAAAAACUUCCGGACGCAGAGGAACAUGGACUAUAGAAGAUGCAGAAGAUCAUUUAAAUCGCCGUGAAUCAUAUACAAUCGAACGCAGUAGUACCACGCAAGAAACAUCUGAUCGAAGACUGACAUGGACGAAGGAAGAUUUCGAAAAACUUGAUAUUGCAAAGCUUAAAACCGAUUAUGUACGACCGAAGCCUAUCAAGCAUGAAGAUAACCUACGUCCGGAGGGAGACUUCACUGUUCCAGAGCGAGUCGGCUAUGUGCCAGGUGAACGAGUAAAACCAAUAAGACAUGAUGAUAACCUUCGUCCGGAGGGCGAGUUCUCUACUCCAGAAAAACCCCAGUACAGACCGGCCGAGCGUCCGAAGCAAAUCAAACCUGAGGACAAUCUACGUACCGAAGGAGCGUUCCAGUCUCCUGAACGUCCGGAAUAUCGCCCUGGCGAGCGUCCGAAGCCGGUGCGUCAUGAUGAUAACCUACGUCCGGAAGGAGACUUUGAACGUCCUGAGAAGGCUCCAUUCCGACCGGCCGAGCGUCCGAAGCAAAUCAAGCCGGAGGACAAUCUUCGUCCUGAAGGAGCGUUCCAGUCUCCUGAACGUCCGGAAUAUCGUCCUGGAGAGCGUCCGAAGCCGGUGCGUCAUGAUGAUAACCUUCGUCCUGAAGGAGACUUCGAACGUCCUGAGAAGGCUCCAUUCCGACCGGCCGAGCGUCCGAAACAGGUUCGACCGGAAGACAACCUUCGUCCAGAGGGAGAUUUCCAGAAGCCUGAGAAGCCCCAAUACAGACCGGCCGAGCGUCCGAAGCAAAUCAAGCCGGAGGACAAUCUUCGUCCUGAAGGAGCGUUCCAGUCUCCUGAACGUCCGGAAUAUCGUCCUGGAGAGCGUCCGAAGCCGGUGCGUCAUGAUGAUAACCUUCGUCCUGAAGGAGACUUCGAACGUCCUGAGAAGGCUCCAUUCCGACCGGCCGAGCGUCCGAAGCAAAUCAAGCCGGAGGACAAUCUUCGUUCUGAAGGAGCGUUCCAGUCUCCUGAACGUCCGGAAUAUCGUCCUGGAGAGCGUCCGAAGCCGGUGCGUCAUGAUGAUAACCUUCGUCCUGAAGGAGACUUCGAACGUCCUGAGAAGGCUCCAUUCCGACCGGCCGAGCGUCCGAAGCAAAUCAAGCCGGAGGACAAUCUUCGUCCUGAAGGAGCGUUCCAGUCUCCUGAACGUCCGGAAUAUCGUCCUGGAGAGCGUCCGAAGCCGGUGCGUCAUGAUGAUAACCUUCGUCCUGAAGGAGACUUCGAACGUCCUGAGAAGGCUCCAUUCCGACCGGCUGAGCGUCCGAAACAGGUUCGACCGGAAGACAACCUUCGUCCAGAGGGAGAUUUCCAGAAGCCUGAGAAGCCGCAAUACAGACCGGCCGAGCGUCCGAAGCAAAUCAAGCCGGAGGACAAUCUUCGUCCUGAAGGAGCGUUCCAGUCUCCUGAACGUCCGGAAUAUCGUCCUGGAGAGCGUCCGAAGCCGGUGCGUCAUGAUGAUAACCUUCGUCCUGAAGGCAACUUUGAACGUCCUGAGAAGGCUCCAUUCCGACCGGCCGAGCGUCCGAAGCAAAUCAAGCCGGAGGACAAUCUUCGUCCUGAAGGAGCGUUCCAGUCUCCUGAACGUCCGGAAUAUCGUCCUGGAGAGCGUCCGAAGCCGGUGCGUCAUGAUGAUAACCUUCGUCCGGAAGGCAACUUUGAACGUCCUGAGAAGACUCCAUUCCGACCGGCCGAGCGUCCGAAACAGGUUCGACCGGAAGACAACCUUCGUCCGGAGGGAGACUUCGAGAAGCCAGAGAAGCCUCAGUACAGACCGGCCGAGCGUCCGAAGCAAAUCAAGCCGGAGGACAAUCUUCGUCCGGAAGGAGAGUUCCAAUCACCAGAGCGUCCAGAGUAUCGUCCUGGAGAGCGUCCGAAGCCGGUGCGUCAUGAUGAUAACCUACGUCCUGAAGGAGACUUCGAACGUCCUGAGAAGGCUCCAUUCCGACCGGCUGAACGUCCGAAGCAGGUUCGACCAGAAGACAAUCUUCGUCCGGAGGGCGAGUUCUCUACUCCAGAGAAGCCUCAAUACAGACCGGCCGAGCGUCCGAAGCAGGUUCGACCCGAGGAUAAUCUCAGACCUGAAGGAGAUUUCGAAACGCCAGAGAAGCCUCAGUACAGACCAGCCGAGCGUCCCAAACAAGUACGGCCACAAGAUAAUCUCAAACCAGAAGGCGAUUUCGAAAGACCGCAACCUACAAUUGUUGGAAAGGCGGAGAGAGCUCAAAUCGUUCGACAUGAAGAUAAUCUCUACAUGGAAGGCAACUUUGAACGUACAGAGAAAACGGUAUUCAUUUCUGGUGAGCGACCUAGGCCCAUACGUCCUGAUGAUAACCUUCGUCCGGAGGGAGACUUCGAACGUCCUGAGAAGGCUCCAUUCCGACCGGCCGAGCGUCCGAAGCAAGUUCGACCCGAGGAUAACCUAAGACCUGAGGGAGACUUCGAGAAGCCUGAGAAGCCCCAGUACAGACCGGCCGAGCGUCCGAAGCAAAUCAAGCCGGAGGACAAUCUUCGUCCGGAAGGAGAGUUCCAGUCUCCUGAACGUCCGGAAUAUCGUCCUGGAGAGCGUCCGAAGCCGGUACGUCAUGAUGAUAACCUUCGUCCGGAGGGAGACUUCGAACGUCCUGAGAAGGCUCCAUUCCGACCGGCCGAGCGUCCGAAGCAAGUUCGACCAGAAGACAAUCUUCGUCCAGAGGGCGAGUUCUCUACUCCAGAGAAGCCUCAAUACAGACCGGCUGAGCGUCCGAAGCAGGUUCGACCCGAGGAUAAUCUCAGACCUGAAGGAGAUUUCGAAACGCCAGAGAAGCCUCAGUACAGACCAGCCGAGCGUCCCAAACAAGUACGGCCACAAGAUAAUCUCAAACCAGAAGGCGAUUUCGAAAGACCGCAACCUACAAUUGUUGGAAAGGCGGAGAGAGCUCAAAUCGUUCGACAUGAAGAUAAUCUCUACAUGGAAGGCAACUUUGAACGUACAGAGAAAACGGUAUUCAUUUCUGGUGAGCGACCUAGGCCCAUACGUCCUGAUGAUAACCUUCGUCCGGAGGGAGACUUCGAACGUCCUGAGAAGGCUCCAUUCCGACCGGCCGAGCGUCCGAAGCAAGUUCGACCCGAGGAUAACCUAAGACCUGAGGGAGACUUCGAGAAGCCUGAGAAGCCCCAGUACAGACCGGCCGAGCGUCCGAAGCAAAUCAAGCCGGAGGACAAUCUUCGUCCGGAAGGAGAGUUCCAGUCUCCUGAACGUCCGGAAUAUCGUCCUGGAGAGCGUCCGAAGCCGGUACGUCAUGAUGAUAACCUUCGUCCGGAAGGCAACUUUGAACGUCCUGAGAAGACUCCAUUCCGACCGGCAGAACGUCCGAAGCAAGUUCGACCCGAGGAUAACCUAAGACCUGAGGGAGACUUCGAGAAGCCUGAGAAGCCCCAAUACAGACCGGCCGAGCGUCCGAAGCAAAUCAAGCCGGAGGACAAUCUUCGUCCUGAAGGAGCGUUCCAGUCUCCUGAACGUCCGGAAUAUCGUCCUGGAGAGCGUCCGAAGCCGGUGCGUCAUGAUGAUAACCUUCGUCCUGAAGGAGACUUCGAACGUCCUGAGAAGACUCCAUUCCGACCGGCAGAACGUCCGAAGCAAGUUCGACCAGAAGACAAUCUUCGUCCGGAGGGCGAGUUCUCUACUCCAGAGAAGCCUCAAUACAGACCGGCCGAGCGUCCGAAGCAGGUUCGACCCGAGGAUAAUCUCAGACCUGAAGGAGAUUUCGAAACGCCAGAGAAGCCUCAGUACAGACCAGCCGAGCGUCCCAAACAAGUACGGCCACAAGAUAAUCUCAAACCAGAAGGCGAUUUCGAAAGACCGCAACCUACAAUUGUUGGAAAGGCGGAGAGAGCUCAAAUCGUUCGACAUGAAGAUAAUCUCUACAUGGAAGGCAACUUUGAACGUACAGAGAAAACGGUAUUCAUUUCUGGUGAGCGACCUAGGCCCAUACGUCCUGAUGAUAACCUUCGUCCGGAGGGAGACUUCGAACGUCCUGAGAAGGCUCCAUUCCGACCGGCCGAGCGUCCGAAGCAAGUUCGACCCGAGGAUAACCUAAGACCUGAGGGAGACUUCGAGAAGCCUGAGAAGCCCCAGUACAGACCGGCCGAGCGUCCGAAGCAAAUCAAGCCGGAGGACAAUCUUCGUCCGGAAGGAGAGUUCCAGUCUCCUGAACGUCCGGAAUAUCGUCCUGGAGAGCGUCCGAAGCCGGUACGUCAUGAUGAUAACCUUCGUCCGGAAGGCAACUUUGAACGUCCUGAGAAGACUCCAUUCCGACCGGCAGAACGUCCGAAGCAAGUUCGACCCGAGGAUAACCUAAGACCUGAGGGAGACUUCGAGAAGCCUGAGAAGCCCCAGUACAGACCGGCCGAGCGUCCGAAGCAAAUCAAGCCGGAGGACAAUCUUCGUCCGGAAGGAGAGUUCCAGUCUCCUGAACGUCCGGAAUAUCGUCCUGGAGAGCGUCCGAAGCCGGUGCGACAUGAUGAUAACCUUCGUCCGGAGGGAGACUUCGAACGUCCUGAGAAGGCUCCAUUCCGACCGGCCGAGCGUCCGAAGCAAGUUCGACCAGAAGACAAUCUUCGUCCAGAGGGCGAGUUCUCUACUCCAGAGAAGCCUCAAUACAGACCGGCCGAGCGUCCGAAGCAGGUUCGACCCGAGGAUAAUCUCAGACCUGAAGGAGAUUUCGAAACGCCAGAGAAGCCUCAGUACAGACCAGCCGAGCGUCCCAAACAAGUACGGCCACAAGAUAAUCUCAAACCAGAAGGCGAUUUCGAAAGACCGCAACCUACAAUUGUUGGAAAGGCGGAGAGAGCUCAAAUCGUUCGACAUGAAGAUAAUCUCUACAUGGAAGGCAACUUUGAACGUACAGAGAAAACGGUAUUCAUUUCUGGUGAGCGACCUAGGCCCAUACGUCCUGAUGAUAACCUUCGUCCGGAGGGAGACUUCGAACGUCCUGAGAAGGCUCCAUUCCGACCGGCCGAGCGUCCGAAGCAAGUUCGACCCGAGGAUAACCUAAGACCUGAGGGAGACUUCGAGAAGCCUGAGAAGCCCCAGUACAGACCGGCCGAGCGUCCGAAGCAAAUCAAGCCGGAGGACAAUCUUCGUCCGGAAGGAGAGUUCCAGUCUCCUGAACGUCCGGAAUAUCGUCCUGGAGAGCGUCCGAAGCCGGUACGUCAUGAUGAUAACCUUCGUCCGGAAGGCAACUUUGAACGUCCUGAGAAGACUCCAUUCCGACCGGCUGAACGUCCGAAGCAAGUUCGACCAGAUGACAAUCUUCGUCCGGAAGGCGAGUUCUCUACUCCAGAGAAGCCUCAAUACAGACCGGCCGAGCGUCCGAAGCAGGUUCGACCCGAGGAUAAUCUCAGACCUGAAGGAGAUUUCGAAACGCCAGAGAAGCCUCAGUACAGACCAGCCGAGCGUCCCAAACAAGUACGGCCACAAGAUAAUCUCAAACCAGAAGGCGAUUUCGAAAGACCGCAACCUACAAUUGUUGGAAAGGCGGAGAGAGCUCAAAUCGUUCGACAUGAAGAUAAUCUCUACAUGGAAGGCAACUUUGAACGUACAGAGAAAACGGUAUUCAUUUCUGGUGAGCGACCUAGGCCCAUACGUCCUGAUGAUAACCUUCGUCCGGAGGGAGACUUCGAACGUCCUGAGAAGGCUCCAUUCCGACCGGCCGAGCGUCCGAAGCAAGUUCGACCCGAGGAUAACCUAAGACCUGAGGGAGACUUCGAGAAGCCUGAGAAGCCCCAGUACAGACCGGCCGAGCGUCCGAAGCAAAUCAAGCCGGAGGACAAUCUUCGUCCGGAAGGAGAGUUCCAGUCUCCUGAACGUCCGGAAUAUCGUCCUGGAGAGCGUCCGAAGCCGGUACGUCAUGAUGAUAACCUUCGUCCGGAGGGAGACUUCGAUCGUCCUGAGAAGGCUCCAUUCCGACCGGCCGAGCGUCCGAAGCAAGUUCGACCCGAGGAUAACCUAAGACCUGAGGGAGACUUCGAGAAGCCUGAGAAGCCCCAAUACAGACCGGCCGAGCGUCCGAAGCAAAUCAAGCCGGAGGACAAUCUUCGUCCUGAAGGAGAGUUCCAGUCUCCUGAACGUCCGGAAUAUCGUCCUGGAGAGCGUCCGAAGCCGGUACGUCAUGAUGAUAACCUUCGUCCGGAGGGAGACUUCGAACGUCCUGAGAAGGCUCCAUUCCGACCGGCCGAGCGUCCGAAGCAAGUUCGACCCGAGGAUAACCUAAGACCUGAGGGAGACUUCGAGAAGCCUGAGAAGCCCCAAUACAGACCGGCCGAGCGUCCGAAGCAAAUCAAGCCGGAGGACAAUCUUCGUCCUGAAGGAGCGUUCCAGUCUCCUGAACGUCCGGAAUAUCGUCCUGGAGAGCGUCCGAAGCCAGUGCGUCAUGAUGAUAACCUUCGUCCGGAGGGAGACUUCGAACGUCCUGAAAAGGCUCCAUUCCGACCGGCCGAGCGUCCAAAGCAGAUCAAACCUGAGGACAAUCUUCGUACAGAAGGUGCGUUCCAGUCUCCUGAACGUCCGGAAUAUCGUCCUGGAGAGCGUCCGAAGCCGGUGCGUCAUGAUGAUAACCUUCGUCCGGAAGGCAACUUUGAACGUCCUGAGAAGACUCCAUUCCGACCGGCAGAACGUCCGAAGCAGAUCAAACCUGAGGACAAUCUUCGUACCGAAGGUGCGUUCCAGUCUCCUGAACGUCCGGAAUAUCGUCCUGGAGAGCGUCCGAAGCCGGUGCGUCAUGAUGAUAACCUUCGUCCGGAGGGUGAUUUUGAACGCCCCGAAAAGUCUCCAUUCCGACCGGCCGAGCGUCCGAAACAGGUUCGUCCUGAGGAUAAUUUACGUUCGGAAGGUAAUUUCGAGAAGCCUGAGAAGCCGCAGUACCGUCCUGCAGAAAGACCAAAGCAAGUGAAACCACAGGAUAAUCUGAAGCCGGAAGGAGACUUUGACCGCCCCAAGCCGAGCCCGGUUGGAAAACCAGAACGUGCUCAGAUCGUCAAGCAUGAAGAUAAUUUACGAGUAGAAGGAACCUUCGAAAGAGUGGAAAAAACCGUAUUCGUAGCAGGCGAACGUCCAAAACCGAUUAAGCCUGAUGACAAUCUACGCCCAGAAGGAGAGUUUGUGACUCCAGAGAAGCAACAGUAUCGGCCAGCAGACAGACCGAAACAAAUCAAACCUCAGGAUAAUCUUCGUCCGGAGGGAGACUUUGAGCGCCCACAUAAAUCUCCGAUCGGGCCGGGUGAACGCCCCAAACCAAUCAGGCAUGACGAUAAUCUACGACCGGAGGGUUCAUUCGAACGGCCAGAGAAGGCUACUUUCAAACCGGCGGAAAGGCCCAAACAAAUACGGCCAGAGGAUAACUUGCGCACUGAGGGUGAAUUUGAAAAGCCUGAAAAGCCACAAUUCCGCCCAGCCGAGCGUCCGAAGCAGGUUAAGCCUCAAGAUAAUCUGCAAAUUGAAGGAGACUACAACACAUUCAAGGAAUACAACGAACUGAAGCAACGAAAGGAAGCCGUGUUGAAAGAGGUGCAAGAACCAACUAUCGCUGAUGGUACCGUGCUGGUGACCACACAAACUGUCACGACCAUCCUGAAGGGAGAGAAGAAACAACCAACUGGCAAACAAAUCACAACGAGCGAGGUGCAUGACCAUGCUACCCGAUCCGAAUCGGAAUCAUUCACGCACAGCCAUACGCAACAGCAGCACCACACCAGUGAGCAGGUUUCUAGUUCUGCUGCCAUUAACCGAGCGCAGCGUAAGGAAGCUAGCAUCAACGAACGCGAUCGUACCUCUUCGCAACGAUCCACGACGAAACAUACGCAAUCGAUUCAAGACGUUUCGGACCGAAACGUUGCCGAAUCGAUAUUCAAUCAAAACCAGCAUCACGCGGUCAAUGCGAAAACGGUUGUCACCGGAAUGACACAGCAGCAAAGUCACAGCCAGAGUGUGAAAUCAUCAUCUUCUAGUUCGAAACUCCAUCAGACAAGUUCCUCCAUGCAGCAACAUUCGUCUAACAGCAGCAGUACUCAAGUGCAUCAAGACUCCCGGAUGCAUUUGCACGACGGAGAUGUGCACCAUCAAACGCAUACGAAUGGUACACUGGCUCCGUCCGAUGGACCUAAAGGAGUACACCAUCAUACACGGGAGCAAGUGACAGGGUCUCAAGUUUCUUCCUCUAGCAGCAAGAUCGUCAUCGAUGGAAAGGUCGUAACGGACCAGUCAGCUUCCUCGAAGCAGGCAACCGAAAAGCUUGCGAUCGAUGGUGUUGUUGUGACGGAUAAAAGCUUCGUCGAACGGCAGAAGACCGGAUUUGACGGUAUGGAGAGCAUUUCUAGCGCCCACAGUACACACGGCACCAGCAGCGUCCUUCACGAUGCGUCCUCCAGUUCCACUGGAAGUCACGCGACUUCCAAGUCGCACAGCCAAAUGCGCUCCUCGAACAAUAUCAUUCACGGAACCGAGUCCACGAACGGACAUUCGGUGGGACAACGAAACGGUACCCAGGCAACAACCGCCGGUCGAACGUCAUCUAGUCAAGCAACUGAGACACAAGUGAAGAAACUGAUCGGUGGAAAAUGGGUAACAAAGACGAUCAGGGCGGAAAGCAAGGCUUUGGGUAGCGAUCAACAUCAACACGGGGCUAUCAACCUGUCGCUCUCUGAUCAAGUGGAUCGGCAGCAGCAACACAGCAAGGUGUCGGGAGCGGAAAUGCAUACGCACACUGCAUCCACCUCCAGCUCGGUGGUGAGCAAAUCUGAAUCGAGCAGCACAAUGAUUAGCGAUAAGGUGGUGCAGCGUGGAGUGCGUGCGGGCGAAACAACAACCGCAUCCGCAGGCUCGCCGUCCGGACGUACAGGCGCACGGGGCAGCUCCAGCAUUGUGCUGGGAGAGUCAACAGUAGAUAGUAGCUCCUCGAAACGACAGCAAACAAGCAGCACCACCAAGCUGAUCGGUGGCAAACUGGUGCACAUGGCCCAUGCCAACGACACCAACAACAACGCCUCCACCGGAGCGACCAAAGCUUCCUCCCUCAACGCCUCGAACGCUCAUCACUCUUCGCUGCAGGAGCAUCUGUCAUCGCAGACAGCGUCGACAACAUCGGCAUCAACCGUGACGCGGUCCAGCAAAACCGAGUCGAGCAGCAGUCAGGCACAGUCCCAACAGCACUACAACCGCAAAAACACGUUCGCAUCGUCCGAAAACGUUAACAAUUCGAUCCUCUGCCGGCCGGCACAAACUUCCACCGCGACCACGACCCAGCACGCCGCCAACGGAGUCGCCGGAGGCAUGAGUGUAUCCGGUUCGAUCCAGCGCAAGAGCAUCUCCAACCUGAACGACAGUGCGAUGUACUCGACCACGAACCGCACCAGCUACAGUUCGCUGCACCGACGCGGCAAAGAAUCGGUCGAGUCAAGGAUGCAGGACUACUCAAAAACGCUCGAAACCGGCACGAUCAGCAGCCGGACGGUUCGGGGCCAGCCCUGUGCACCGCCGACGCUGGCCGGUACGGGAUUGGCCGGCAGCAGUAGUACGACCACGAGCUCUAGCACAUCGGCGGCGAAUCAGAAAUCGCUGCGUGACUAUCACUCGGCCAUGAACGUGGCGCGCAGCUCGACGAAGGCGAACGCAUCGAGCAUCUCGUUCGGUGACGACAAGUUCCGCGGCACCAGCUCCUACAAGGUGCAGUACAUCCAGCAACAUGAGGGACGCUGUCCAGCCGCCGUACACGACAACUUAAAGCUAUCGAAGGUCACGAAACAGCACACGUACUACGUGCGGGACAAGCAGUAGAAGCGUUUUAGUGCGCAAAGCUGCCGGAACUUGUUAUCUUUUUUGCUAUUCAUUUUAUUUGUUUCCCUUUUUACUUCUUCUAAUGUUUGGAUGUGAUCAAUGAUUUAGUCUGAGAUACACGGCUUAUACUAUUAUUGAACCUUAUCAACGACUCAUACGACAACGAAACGUUCAGCAUUCUCUUCAAACACUCCAGAGAAAGACUAAUCGUCGAAUAUAAGUGACGCAUUAUAUAUACUGCAUUAUUAUUCUCAACAUGUUACGAUAGUUUAUGCUUUUUUUAAUAAAUCAAAAAAAUAUAUAACAUA